AUGGCUAGAUUGGGGGAUUCCAUUCACUUCUCGGACAGAAGACACGGACGACGUUUACAACUGAGACAAAAGCUCAUGGAACAAGAGAUCUUAGAACUCAAAAACUACCUUCCUGAGUGGACUGCUGCAAAACGGCACAAGAAACCGGGAAUAUUCACAGCCAUAGCUCGAGCGGCAAGGUUGUUUUCUCCGAAGCUCGACCAUGGACAAUGGAAAAAGAGGAAGCAGAUCUAUAAAACCUGGUUGUUCAACAACAAGAAAAAGAAGGAAACCAAGGACAUGAUAAAGUAUGGGAGGAAAUGGACCCCUAGGAUGGUGGUCUAUCAGCAGAACAGAGAUGACGUGCUCAAGAGGAUCGAGGUGGAAUACAGGGCGAAGCCAGGAGCUCCAGAUAUGUUCAAGUAUUACCAGGCGACUGUCUGGAAGGUGAUGGAAGAAUUGUCGGAUGAAGAGUUGGAGAAGGCAAAAGAAACAGCCGACGAAUGGUCCAACAACAUUCCUCCUCCCAAGAUCCAAGCGCAAGUCGCUGGUAAGAAGGGACCCGCAUACAUGGAGCACUUCUCCAACUGA